CAGAGAAGAGUCUCUCCAGAUCAGAACACCAGAUGGACAACGCUAGCCCUUCCGCCCUCCCAGAGUCCCUGUGUCGUACCUCUCCCAGUAGCACCUUACUGCUGGGUCUGAAGAGGUUGUCUGUGCGGCUGGUGGACUGCAGGAAAACAACGGGGCUGAGUGGAACUGUGAGAGGAGGAGAAGAGAAGAAAGGAGCAGAUUUGACUCAUCAAAGAGAAAAACCAAAGUCGGAGGAACCAGAGACAUCCAAACCAGCAAGACGACACCUCUGCUCCCAGUGUGGAACUAGGUUUGCCAAGUUAGGAAGCCUGAAAAGACAUGAGAGGACACACACAGGAGCGAAGUCACCCCAUUGCGCACAGUGUGGAAAGAGUUUUAAGGAGUUAGGAAAGCUGAAAGCUCAUGAGCGAAUACACACAGGGGAGAAGCCUUACCACUGCUCCCAUUGUGGAAAGAGUUUUAACCGGUUAGACACCCUGAAAACUCAUGAGCGAAUACACACUGGGGAGAAGCCAUACCAUUGCGCCCAGUGUGGAAAGCGUUUUAACCACUUAGGAAACAUGAAAUCUCAUGAGCGAACACACACAGGUGAGAAGCCUUACCACUGCUCCCAGUGUGGAAAGAGUUUUGUCCAUUUCGGAAAGCUGAAAGCUCAUGAGCGAAUACACACCGGGGAGAAGCCUUUCCACUGCGCCCGGUGUGGAACGAGUUUCAACCAUUUAGGAAACCUGAAAUCUCAUCAGCAAAUACACACAGGUGAAAAGCCUUAUCACUGCUCCCAGUGUGGAAAGAGUUUUAGCCAUUUAGGAAACCUGAAAGCUCAUGAGCGAAUACACACAGGGGAGAAGCCUUACCACUGCUCACAGUGUGGAAAGCGUUUUAACCAGUUAAGAAAGCUGAAAGAACACAUGAGACGUCACACAGGGGAGAAGCCUUACAAAUGUUCAGACUGUGGGAAGACAUAUUACUCAUCACAGUCACUUAAAAGUCAUGUGAGAAUCCACACAGGAGAGAAUAAUUACUUAUCCUACACUACAGGUUACCAGGACAACGCUAGCCCUUCCUCCCUCCCAGAGUCCCUGUGUCGUACCUCUCCCAGUAGCACCUUACUGCUGGGUCUGAAGAGGUUGUCUGUGCGGCUGGUGGACUGCAGGAAAACAACGGGGCUGAGUGGAACUGUGAGAGGAGGAGAAGAGAAGAAAGGAGCAGAUUUGACUCAUCAAAGAGAAAAACCAAAGUCGGAGGAACCAGAGACGUCCAAACCAGCAAGACGACACCUCUGCUCCCAGUGUGGAACUAGGUUUGCCAAGUUAGGAAGCCUGAAAAGACAUGAGAGGACACACACAGGAGCGAAGUCACCCCAUUGCGCACAGUGUGGAAAGAGUUUUAAGGAGUUAGGAAAGCUGAAAGCUCAUGAGCGAAUACACACAGGGGAGAAGCCUUACCACUGCUCCCAUUGUGGAAAGAGUUUUAACCGGUUAGACACCCUGAAAACUCAUGAGCGAAUACACACUGGGGAGAAGCCAUACCAUUGCGCCCAGUGUGGAAAGCGUUUUAACCACUUAGGAAACAUGAAAUCUCAUGAGCGAACACACACAGGGGAGAAGCCUUACCACUGCUCCCAGUGUGGAAAGAGUUUUGUCCAUUUCGGAAAGCUGAAAGCUCAUGAGCGAAUACACACCGGGGAGAAGCCUUUCCACUGCGCCCGGUGUGGAACGAGUUUCAACCAUUUAGGAAACCUGAAAUCUCAUCAGCAAAUACACACAGGGGAAAAGCCUUAUCACUGCUCCCAGUGUGGAAAGAGUUUUAGGCAUUUAGGAAACCUGAAAGCUCAUGAGCGAAUACACACAGGGGAGAAGCCUUACCACUGCUCACAGUGUGGAAAGCGUUUUAACCAGUUAAGAAAGCUGAAAGAACACAUGAGACGUCACACAGGGGAGAAGCCUUACAAAUGUUCAGACUGUGGGAAGACAUAUUACUCAUCACAGUCACUUAAAAGUCAUGUGAGAAUCCACACAGGAGAGAAUAAUUACUUAUCCUACACUACAGGUAAUCAAGAGAAGAGUCUCUCCAGAUCAGAACACCAGAUGGACAACGCUAGCCCUUCCUCCCUCCCAGAGUCCCUGUGUCGUACCUCUCCCAGUAGCACCUUACUGCUGGGUCUGAAAAGGUUGUCUGUGCGGCUGGUGGACUGCAGGAAAACAACGGGGCUGAGUGGAACUGUGAGAGGAGGAGAAGAGAAGAAAGGAGCAGAUUUGACUCAUCAAAGAGAAAAACCAAAGUCGGAGGAACCAGAGACGUCCAAACCAGCAAGACGACACCUCUGCUCCCAGUGUGGAACUAGGUUUGCCAAGUUAGGAAGCCUGAAAAGACAUGAGAGGACACACACAGGAGCGAAGUCACCCCAUUGCGCACAGUGUGGAAAGAGUUUUAAGGAGUUAGGAAAGCUGAAAGCUCAUGAGCGAAUACACACAGGGGAGAAGCCUUACCACUGCUCCCAUUGUGGAAAGAGUUUUAACCGGUUAGACACCCUGAAAACUCAUGAGCGAAUACACACUGGGGAGAAGCCAUACCAUUGCGCCCAGUGUGGAAAGCGUUUUAACCACUUAGGAAACAUGAAAUCUCAUGAGCGAACACACACAGGGGAGAAGCCUUACCACUGCUCCCAGUGUGGAAAGAGUUUUGUCCAUUUCGGAAAGCUGAAAGCUCAUGAGCGAAUACACACCGGGGAGAAGCCUUUCCACUGCGCCCGGUGUGGAACGAGUUUCAACCAUUUAGGAAACCUGAAAUCUCAUCAGCAAAUACACACAGGGGAAAAGCCUUAUCACUGCUCCCAGUGUGGAAAGAGUUUUAGGCAUUUAGGAAACCUGAAAGCUCAUGAGCGAAUACACACAGGGGAGAAGCCUUACCACUGCUCACAGUGUGGAAAGCGUUUUAACCAGUUAAGAAAGCUGAAAGAACACAUGAGACGUCACACAGGGGAGAAGCCUUACAAAUGUUCAGACUGUGGGAAGACAUAUUACUCAUCACAGUCACUUAAAAGUCAUGUGAGAAUCCACACAGGAGAGAAUAAUUACUUAUCCUACACUACAGGUAAUCAAGACAACGCAAGCCCUUUCGCCCUCCCGGAGUCCCUGUGUCGUACCUCUCCCAAUAGCACCUUACUGCUGGGUCUGAAGAGGUUGUCUGUGCGGCUGGUGGACUGCAGGAAAACAACGGGGCUGAGUGGAACUGUGAGAGGAGGAGAAGAGAAGAAAGGAGCAGAUUUGACUCAUCAAAGAGAAAAACCAAAGUCAGAGGAACCAGAGACGUCCAAACCAGCAAGACAACCCCUCUGCUCCCAGAUUGGAAAGAGUUUUACCAAGUUAGGAAGCCUGAAAAGACAUGAGAGGACACACACAGGAGAGAAGCCUUUCCAUUGCUCCCAUUGUGGCAAGAGUUUUAACCGGUUAGAGAACCUGAAAGCUCACGAGCGAGUACACACAGGGGAGAAGCCAUACCAUUGUGCCCAGUGUGGAAAGAGUUUUAACCAGUUAGGAAACAUGAAAUCUCAUGAGCGAAUACACACAGGGGAGAAUUCUUACCACUGCUCCCAGUGUGGAACUAGGUUUGCCAAGUUAGGAACCUUAAAAAUACAUGAGAGGACACACACAGGAGCGAAGCCACACCAUUGCGACCGGUGUGGAAAGAGUUUUAACCUGUUAGACACCCUGAAAGCUCAUGAGCGAAUACACACAAGGGAGAAGCCUUACCACUGCUCCCAUUGUGGAAAGAGUUUUCACCGGCUAGACAUCCUGAAGGCUCACGAGCGCGUACACACAGGGGAGAAGCCAUACCAUUGCGCCCAGUGUGGAAAGAGUUUUAACCACUUAGGAAACAUGAAAUCUCAUGAGCGAAUACACUCAGGGGCGAAGCUACACCAUUGCGCCCAGUGUGGAAAGAGUUUUAAGGAGUUAGGAAAGCUGAAUGCUCAUGAGCGAAUACACAGAGGGGAGAAGCCUUACCACUGCUCCCAGUGUGGCAAGAGUUUUAGUCAUUUAGGAAACCUGAAAGCUCAUGAGCGAAUACACACAGGGGAGAAGCGUUACAAAUGCUCAGACUGUGGGAAGACAUAUUCCUCAUCACAGUCACUUAAAAGUCAUGUGAGAAUCCACACAGGAGAGAAUAAUUACUUCUCCUAGUGCACUGUGUAACUCUGUUAUUCUCUCUGAGCUCAGAAAUAAAGAAUAUUGGUUAAACGUC